AUGGCCGAAGCCCAACCCCCCAACAUCAUCGAAGGCGCAACAACCGGUGACAUCGACGAGGAGAUCCCCGCCGUCGCCAAAUCAGCAGAAGACAGGAAAGCCGCUGCGGCACUCUCCUCCCUCGAUACACCUAGAGACGAGGAGUCGGCGGGAAAGGAUGUCGAUCAGGAGGCUGUGAGGAAGGCGAUGGAGAGGUUGGGUGGUGCGACGGUGACGAAUGGCGCGGUUGCGAAGAAGGAUGAGCAGAAGGUGGUGAAGAAGGUGGUUAAGGUUGAUGCGGCGGAUGUAGCUUUGUUGAUCGACGAGCUAGAAUUGACCAAGCCCAAAGCAACGGACCUGCUAAAAGCCCACGAUGGAAACGCAGAAGCAGCAUUGAGGGCGUACAUCACACCAGCAUAA